AUGAAUGAAAACGAAUCGCCAUCGAAAAGGCCUUACAUACGUUUAAAUUCAUUUCUAAAUAAUAUUACGCGAAAUUCUGGCGAUGAAGUAAGGUUUAAAUGUGAAGCUGCUGGAAAUCCUCUACCAUUACAUUUCAGUUGGCUGAAAAAUCAUGCUCCAAUUGAAAAAAGUCGUAAAACGAAAAUAAAAAAUCGAGAAUAUUGGUCAAGAUUGAUUAUUACCGAUUUGGAUGUUUUCGAUAGUGGUUAUUAUCAAUGUAUCGUUAGUAAUAGUGUCGCAUCUGUCAAUACUACUGGAAUACUUCGAGUUAGUAUAAUCCUUCAUUUUUAUUCAGCUCCGAUUUAA